UUCAGUUGUGAGAGUGAGGCUCACGCUGUUUCCAUGAACAAAAUUUGGCACCUGUUUUUUUUGGUUAAAAAAGAAUAAAAACCUUUCAGACAUUGAAAACUCUCUUCUUUGUCUUUCUUCUUGAGAACAACCACCAUGAGAGUUCCUUAAUCUCUCUAAAACCCUAGCCGAACCCAUUUUCCCUCCCUCAUUCAACUUUCAAUCAUUCUUAAAAAUGGGUUCUAUUGUUCCAUUUCAAGACCUCAAUCUCUUACCGUCGCCUGUUACUCCCUCCGCUGCCACUACUGCGCUCUUAGUCCCUAAAAUCGAACCCAAGUCCGAACCAUUGGACGAACCUAUCGAGACGCUUCAGCUUGAAUGCCCACAAAACCACCAUGAGCCGCUCAUUUCCAGUUCUACCCCUACAUUCUUCAAGAAUUCCGAAAAUACCCCUGCCUCUCAGUCUUCUGAUCAAGACAACGUCUACUCCGAGUUCUUCCGAAUCUCCGAGCUCUUCCGCACAGCUUUCGCUAAAAGAAUGGAACAAUAUGGCGACGUCGAUGUCUUGGACCCUGAUUCUCGCGCUAUUGUGCCUGUAAACCAAGAGAACCAACUAUCAAAGCCUGUUGUUUCGCCGCGUCCAAAACCUUCAAAACGAUCCUCGGAGCUUGUCCGUGUUACGGAUUUGAACCUCGAAGAUGAGAGGUACUUUCGUGAUGUUGUUAGAAGAACAAGAAUGGUUUAUGAUUCUCUGCGCAUUUUUGCCGUAGAUGAAGACGAGAAAAGAAGGGGAGAAGGUCAGGUGAAGAGGGCACGUGGCGAUUUAAUCGCUUCUUCAGUGAUGAAAGAUCGCGGUUUGUGGCUUAAUCGUGAUAAAAGAAUCGUGGGAUCGAUCCCUGGUGUUCAAAUUGGUGACUUGUUCUUCUUUAGAAUGGAGUUGUGUGUUGUUGGAUUACAUGGUCAGGCUCAAGCAGGGAUUGAUUACUUGCCUGGCAGUCAAAGCUCGAAUGGAGAGCCUAUUGCGACGAGUGUCAUUGUUUCCGGCGGUUAUGAAGACGAUGAAGAUGCAGGGGAUGUUAUAAUUUACACUGGACAUGGUGGGCAAGAUAAAUUUAAUAAGCAAUGUGAACAUCAGAAGUUGGAAGGAGGGAAUCUUGCUUUGGAGAGGAGUAUGCAUUAUGGGAUUGAAGUAAGAGUCAUAAGAGGCAUCAAAUAUGAACGUAGUUUGAGUAAUAAAGUGUAUGCUUAUGAUGGUUUGUAUAAAAUCAUUGAUUGUUGGUUUGAUGUGGGUAAGUCUGGUUUUGGUGUCUACAAGUAUAAACUAGUGAGAAUUGAUGGGCAACCGGAAAUGGGUAGUUCAAUUUUGAGGUUUGCUGAGAGUCUUAGGAGUAAGCCAACAACAUUAAGGCCGAUGGGUUAUCUUAGUCUAGACAUAUCGAACAAGAAGGAGAAUGUGCCGGUGCUUUUGUUUAAUGAUAUUGAUAAGGAUCAUGAUCCUUUGUAUUAUGAUUACUUGGUGAAGACUGUGUUUCCUCCAUUUGUGCUGAAUCAAGGGAGUAAUGGUUCUGGAUGUGAUUGUGUUUUGGGUUGUACUGAUGGUUGUUUUUGUGCUUUGAAGAAUGGGGGUGAGUUUGCUUAUAAUGGUAAUGGUAGUCUUGUGAGAGGGAAGCCGGUAAUAUUUGAAUGUGGGGUGUUUUGUAAGUGUCCGCCAAAUUGUAGAAACCGUGUUUGUCAAAGAGGGUUGAGAAAUAGAUUGGAAGUGUUUAGGUCAAGGGAGACAGGUUGGGGAGUUAGGUCUUUGGGCUUGAUACAUGCUGGUUCUUUUAUAUGCGAAUAUACUGGGGUGGUUCUAACGAUGGAGCAAGCACAAAUUUUUGCUAUGAAUGGUGAUAGUUUGAUUUACCCAAAUCGCUUUUCUUCAAGAUGGACAGAGUGGGGGGAUUUGUCUCAGGUAUUUUCUGAUUACAUGCGCCCGUCUUAUCCCUCUAUACCACCUCUGGAUUUUGCAAUGGAUGUAUCAAGAAUGCGAAAUGUUGCUUGUUAUAUUAGUCACAGUCCAACACCAAAUGUGAUGGUUCAGUUUGUGUUGUAUGAUCACAAUAACUUGAUGUUCCCCCACCUUAUGGUUUUCGCAAUGGAGAACAUCCCUCCUUUGAGAGAGCUAAGUCUUGAUUAUGGGGUGGCUGAUGAGUGGACAGGGAAACUUGCUAUUUGCAACUGAAUAGUUCAUAGAGAUGUUAUCAUUUUUGUUUGUCACAGCGCAGCAUUGAUGACAUGAUGCAUUGAGGAGGCUUGCUAUAUUGCUUACAUAUUGAUUCGCCUUUAUGUUUCCAGUCAACUGCCCUAGUUUCCUCCAUUGUUUCUGUAGAUAUGGAAGAACAUUUUAAACUUACUGUAAGUGCAGGGAGAAAGUGAGAGAAAAAAGGCAUGCAUCUGAUGCCUACUUUUUACUGUAGACUAGGCCUUUGUAUCAUACAUGUGGAAAAAUAAAAUUUAGUUAGAUUUUGUCUUUGAAUCUGUGUUGUAACAUUGUAUGACAUUUGGUUAGAUGCAAGUGUAUUAGCUCACUGAAACCUCACUAGAUACGGUAAAUCCUGUUUUUAUUCUUUCUAUUUAUUGUGUUUCCUUAUCAGGAUCAGUUCCUCAAGCUCUUAUAGCUUAAAGCAAAAUAAAUGCUUGAGUCCAAAACCCAUGGAAAGGGCAAACUGUCGGAAUUUCUUGGUGGUUUUCUGUUGAAGCCAUUUUGGAUUUCUUUUAAUGUUCAACAACUUCUGAAUUUGUAUGUAGUUCUCUUCUCAGUGAAAGUGCCUUGCAGGUUAACGGCCGCUGUCCUGAAUAAUGUAGCACUGCAAGGAACCACCUGUAUGCUUAAAUCCAGUUACACUGUUUUUGGGUUUAGGAAACUGAACUGGUAGUUCAAAAAGUGUGAAGUUCAAUUUUUCUGAAAGGGCAGAUCUAACUGAAUCUGUGAUACGAACCUUAGGAGAACCACACCUCAAAAGCUAGCUAUUGAGAUGGGAGAGCCCAAAGCCAUAUAAACUUCACACUAGUUGCCCAUACUUUCCAAUGUGGGAUCCAAGUCUCAUACUUUGCACUUGGGAUCCUAACAUACCACCAUAUUAUGCAGCCCCGGCGUCCACGCGGGCUGGUUGUGCGCUAGCUCCCUGUUAGCCCCGGGCGAACACUGCAAUGCUGGCGUCACCACCCGCGCCGCACGAUUGCAACUAGGAGACAUGAUGAUGACUCUGAUA